AUGGGCACGCCACGAACGAGAUUACAAGCCUCCCUUUCCCCCGGAACUCUCGGCAAGAUGGCGGAUACAGAGCUCAAGAAGAAGCGUACCUUCAGGAAGUUCACGUACAGAGGUGUUGAUCUGGAUCAGCUUCUGGACAUGUCCUACGAGCAGCUCAUGCAGCUGUACUGCGCCCGCCAGAGGAGGAGGCUCAACCGCGGCCUGCGCCGUAAGCAGCAGUCCCUCCUGAAGCGUCUGCGCAAGGCCAAGAAAGAGGCGCCACCCAUGGAGAAGCCUGAGGUGGUCAAGACCCAUUUAAGGGACAUGGUCAUCCUUCCUGAGAUGGUUGGGUCCAUGGUUGGUGUCUACAAUGGGAAGACUUUCAACCAGGUUGAAAUCAAGCCUGAAAUGUGUGGCCACUACUUGGGCGAGUUCUCAAUCACCUACAAGCCAGUCAAGCACGGUCGUCCUGGUAUCGGAGCUACACACUCUUCCCGAUUCAUCCCUCUGAAGUAA